AUGUUCGUCAGCAAGCUCAUCACCUUCCUAUGCGCCACCGCCAGCGCCGGCGCCCUAUCCCACACCCAGAUGCACAAGCUCGCCGAGCGCGCCGCCGCUAACGGCACCAAUGGCGGCCCCGUCUCCGUGACGCCGCACGCCCAGUUCUCGUCGUCCAUCGGCGUACUAGGCUGCAAGAUCGACGUAAACCGCGUGGCGUACUGGCCGAUGUUCCCCAGCUGCGACGACAUAUGCGUCAAGGUCAGCGCCAACGGGCGCUCGGUACACCUGCUGCGCAUCGACCAGUCAGGCGGCGCGAACGACAUCUCGUACGAUGCCUGGAACUACCUAUCGACGGGCAAAUCGGCGCGCGUAGCCCCGAUCUACGGCGGCGGGCUGGCGGCGACGUGGGAGCCGGCGCCCAUGAGCGCUUGCGCGGACCUACUAAUAGGCACGGGGGGCAAGCUCGCGUUGUCGGCGGCGAACUCGAUGAACUUCAUCUCGUCGUGCGCGGCGAACGCCACGUGGGUCGGGAUGAAUUACGCGCUGUAUAACAUUGCGGACCCCCAGUGCAGGUACGGCUUUGACGAGCUGUGCUUUCUGCCGCCGCCCAGUCAGGGGAACCAGGCGAAGUGCCAGGGCCAUCAGCUCGGGCUCAAUACGCCGCUGACUACGGCGCCGGUGUUCAACCUGGAUUAUGGGACUGGGUUGCAGUCUUUGGCGCUAUAG